AUGGAUGCAAUGGAUGACUUCACCUCGGACACGGUGCUUUCUGACACAGACCCUGAUCUUUACCGCCACAAGAACACGCUCGCGCACAGUGUUGUCAACGAAACUCUCAUCGCUGCAGAUAGUGAAGCGGCCGACUUCUACAAGUUGGUAUCUGAACGUGCUUUGGCGGGUGACGCACCUCAUGGUGCUCAAGGCAACUACGUCCUUGAGAACGGAGAGUUCAGCUUUAGUGAGGCAGCGAAGCGCUACACCGCGGUUCUCCAUGCACACGGCAAGAGCGCGAAGGCAGAACCGGAUUCCUUCACAGCGGCUGAGAUUGAAAAGACCCCAUUCAUCUACUUUCUAGGUACCGAUGUCCGUAUCAGAGGAGAUCGCUCCCGUCAGUUAGGCUGGAGCCCGGCGCAUGUCAUCGAGGACUUCUACGAGAGCGUGCAGGAGGAUACUGAAGCUGUCUUGGCGGGGAAAGACUGA